AUUUUACAUACUGAGACAAGUAUAUCCCUACUGGCCAAUCCCUCCCUAACCCGGACGACGCUAUGCCAAUUGUGCGUCGCCCCACGGACCUCCCGGUUGCGGCCGGCUGCGACAGAGCCUGGGCGUGAACCCAGAGACUCUGGUGGCGCAGCUAGCGCCUUACGCUUCGAACACACCGGCUGCGUCAUUGCAUCACUGCUGCAUAACAUUUUGCGCAACUAGGCAACUAUACUGAUGCAGGUACCUUUUGCAAAUGGUCGCAUGCGGUUGGACACAUGGAGGAGAGAAUCAUUUUCGCAGUAUCCUCAAAACCGUGUCUUUUUGACACAACUGCUGACAGCUACAGGGACAUAAACACAAAAAAUGCUGCUUGGAGACAAGUGUCCACGAUAGUAGGAUUGCCAGAAGAAGACUAUAGGAGGAAGUGGAGAGGACUCAGGGACAGGUAUCAGAGAGAGAGAAGGGCAGAGAAAGAGAAGAAGAGGUCUGGGUCAGCAGCUUCAGGCCAGCAGCCUUGGCGCUUCUGCCACAUUCUGUCUUUUCUGGAUCCAUUUAUUGUGCCUAGGGCAACGAGUGGCAAUUUUAAAGCCAGACCCCUUACGUCAUCCACAAGUGUUGUCGCCACUGGUGCAUCAAGACCCUCAACGUCACCUACAAGUGCGACCAUCACCUCCACCGGUGUAGUGAGACCCUCUACAACAUCAUCCACGAGUAUGACCUCCACCGGUGCAGCCAUGGAAGAUGAUGAAAUGGAGGAAGCACCUCUGGAUCUAGGACCGCCUGAGAUUAUUAUGAACCUCACGGAAGUGACCACUGAGGACCUCGUUGAACAGGAUGUGGCCGUGGAGAGAAACGAAGAGGAACAACGUCACACCAGGCGUCAUCGGAGGUACCAGCCCCCAGAUCCACUCAAUUCAUUUCAGCAGAGGCUCCUCCAAGCCGUGGAGAGGGAUGCAGCCCAACCUGAUGCUCACAGGAAGGAGGAUGAAGAGACCCUCUUUGCCAUGAGCCUGGUGCCAACCCUGAAGAGGCUGCCUCAGCAAAGAAAAGCAGCAGUCAAGGUUCAAAUGUAUCAGCUGCUUUUCCAAGCCGAGUUCAAUGAAAUGGAGUCAAUUUAGCCGGCCAGCUCACAGGAAGGACAGGAAGAUGAGAGGAGUUGUCUGGUUGUUGUUUUGACCUCCCUCAUUGUACCUUUCUUUUCACACACGUCAGUUCUGUUUAAAUUCAGUCAAUUCAUAAAGUCAUUUGUUUAUAAAUUCUUAGGAUAGCAUUCAUUAUUAGUGUUACAUAGAUUUCUGAAUUGAAACUCAUACGGAGUUUUCACAGAUGCUCUUGGUGUCUUACGAGACUAAAGGUCAAUAUAUUUAUUUCCUUUAAAGCCACUUGAAAACCAGGGUGUUGAAACUUUUUGUGAAGUUAUGUUCCAUCGACUGGUCCAUGAGGUCCAGGGGCCAUUUGUUUAGCCGUGUUAUGGCUACAUAUUAUUUCCUUUUUUGCAGAAACACACACACACACACACACCUCUUCAUACGUCAGAUCUCCAGUGCCCUGCCCUCUCUCUCUUUAUGGCCAUGUCUGAAGUUCCCCUACUACGUCUAGGCUUUAUGAGUUGUCCCUUUAAUGGUCUGCAUUUGUGCCAAAAAUACAUGCUCUUGUUGUUCCCUUACAGAUUACAGGCUACACAUUCAUUUUAUUUAUUUUUUACACGCACAUACACACCUCUUUCAAUAGUUUAAUUUUUUAAAACAUUUUUACAACACACAUACCUGUCAUGUUCUUUCCUGUACUUGAAUACUUAUUAAAUUAUAAUGUUUUCAUAGUCA